AUGGGUGCCAUUUACCGCCUUGCAUCUCUCACACUAUGUCUCAUUGUCAUCGGCCUUGUGCGGGCUGAGAUGACCGAGGUGGACAGGAACAACUGGCUUGCAGCCACCCGAAAGUACAUUGGUCUGCACGACAAGGGACUCUUCACAUCGUACCGCACCAAUCUCGACUCGUAUGCAGGCGUCGAAGACUUGCAGCGAAAAGCACUCGAGCGGGCUAAACGAACGGGCGUGAUUCACAUCAGCACUCUCCCGGCCGAUCCAGAACAUCCCUGGGGCGUCACCUACUUUUCCAGCGUGAUCAAACCAGGCACUCCGCUCGCACACGAGAUGGGCCUCGGAAACAAAGUCGCCCUUGCCUUUUGGAAGCACGACGACAACAUCUUCCGCCUCCUUCACAUCGAUACCCUGGGCCCGUCCAAGAUCGAAGUCCUCUGGCCAGUGCAGCCUUUCAAACAAGUUCUGGAUGACAAUCUGUCCGAGUUUGAACUCUUGCACAUCUAG